CAUGGUGAAUAUGAGAGUGAAGCAUUUGGUGUCUUUCCUUUUGUUUCUUAGCUUCACCAGAAUCUGCACCCCAUCUCCAAACCCAGAUGCAAACCAGAAGCAUUUUGUGCUGGUUCAUGGAGCUGGUCAUGGGGCAUGGUGCUGGUACAAGGUCUCAACUCUACUCACCUCAAUUGGUCAUAAUGUUACAGCUCUAGACCUAGCAGCAUCUGGGGUCAACCCAAAGCAAGUUCAACAACUUCAUUCUCUCUCGGAUUACGUUGAGCCAUUGAUGAGAUUCAUGAAGUCUCUCCCGCCAAAGGAGAGGGUCAUCCUUGUGGGCCACAGCAUGGGUGGGGCCGCCCUAUCCAUUGCCAUGGAGAAAUUCCCUAAGAAGAUUUAUAUUGCAGUAUUUGCCACCGCUGUAAUGACUGGUCCUGCUCUCAACUACUUAAAUUUGUCAUCUCAGAUUUUGAACAGUCGGGAUUUGAUGGACAAUCAGUUUAGAUAUGAUCGGGGACCCAACAAUCCUCCUACCGCCGCACUUCUUGGGCCAAAGUUAAUGUCAUCGUCAAUGUACCAACUCUCACCACCAGAGGAUUUAACACUAGCAUUGUCCUUGGUGAGAUUCACUCCUCUCUUUAGUGAUGAUAUAAAACUCACUAAUGAGAAAUAUGGAUCGGUUCGUAGAGUAUUCAUCGGGUGCGACCAUAUAGUAACUGACAAAUGGCGAAUGUUGAUGAUCAAUAAGAAUCCGCCGAAUGAAGUCAAAUUGAUCAAUGGUUCUGAUCACAUGGUGAUGUUCUCCAGACCGCUUGAGCUGUUCUCCUACCUCAAGGAGGUUGCUGAGAGUUAGACUUUCAUAAAAAAUGCAACCAUAUAUGAAUGAACUUCUGGAAAAUAAAAUGUAAUCUAUAUGACAAAUUUAAUUUCGUAGAUCAUAAGGCUCAACGGAUCUCUAAGUGUGAUGUUUAAAAUAAAAAAAAUUUGAUGUCAUUAAUAACGGAUCACCUACUUUUAUGAUGUAGAUUAAUUUGGUACUUAUUCGAUGUGAGUCCAUAAUCACUUCCACAUCCAUGCUUGUAUCGAGCCACAUACAACUCCAACAAAAAUUCUUAUGACAAGUAUAGUAGGACUUCUGGUAUAUACAAGGGCGGAGCCACUAAGGGACCAAUGUGGCUCCGGCCCA